AUAGCCUCUGAAGUCGCCAUGCUAUAUUUUGCGUUCGGCUGCUUCCGAUCGUUCAAAUCACUGGUCAACCAAACCAAUUGUUCAGCAAUCUACCGUGAACUUCAGUGGCAGUUAUUCUGCGCUCUAGUGGUUCAAGCCAUGAUCCCGAUACUCUUGUUGCAACUUCCAAUGACUCUUAUCUCCUCAGUACCAUCUUUUUCAAUGAGUCAUUUUGAAUAAAU